UGAGCAGGUAUGCUCAGAGCGCUUCUCUCUGGUGUCUCGCCUUCUUUGACCAGCUGGGCUCUGAGGGCGGAGCCACCAGCUGGCUUCGCAGCCCCGCCCCCGGCUCCCAGCCAAUCGUGGCCCCUCUCUCCGGGGGCUGGGCUGACUGGCCUCACUCAAGCUGCUAGUGCACGCCCUAGGCUCCGAGUCGAGUCGGAGGCUAUGCUCUGUUGCUCCUGCCGCCGCCGCCGCUGCCAGCCACCCAGCACGCUGGGGCUGUUGCUGCUACUGCCUCUUGUCCAUGUACCUCCCCUAGCAGCAGCCGCAGCAGGCCCAAGCCACUGUGAAACCAUGUACCAGGGCUUCGCUGAGUGUCUCAUCCAGAUGGGGGACGGCAUGGGCCAUGGAGGUGAGCUAGAGACUGUCUGCAGGUCCUGGAAUGACUUCCACGCCUGCACCUCGCGGGUCCUGUCCAGCUGCCCGAAGGAGGCAGCAGCUGUGUGGGAGUCGCUGCAGGAAGAGGCACGCCGGGUGCCACACGCAGAUAACUUGCAUGCUUUGUGCGGCGCCUCUGUGCACAUCUGGGAGCGGGGCGACAGCCCGGAGACCAACCAGGAGACCCUGCGGGCCACGGCACCCGCGUCCGACGUGGCCCCUGCGCCCUGGCUGCUGGUGUUGGCGUUGGCCCUCACCUGCCUCCUGGGUCCUCUUGCCUAGCUGCUGGCUCUGGUAUCAAGGCUCCCACCACCAGCCCUGCCUGGGAGGCCACUGCUGGGACUCUGCAGCUUUCAUUAAAGGUAUUUAUAUUUGUGCUCAGCUCUUUUCUUUCUCCUGGCUGCAGGUGGGGGCUCCCUGAACCUGAGCCCCAGAAUGGUUCCCUGGAAUAGGCGGGGCUGGGAAUCCCCCCAGGGGACUCAAUCUUGCUUCUAACAAACUUGCCUUUCCCAGUGGCUGCACAGAGCUUUCCAUUACGUGCAGCUCCCAGGAGCUCUGGUGGAGACCUGAGAUCCACCGGAACACACAGCCCUUUCUCAGCCCUCCCAGGCUAUCUGGGCCAGGGAGACGCCACACCAUGGGGCCUGUAGGGCAGGAGUUCUCAGUCCUGCACUCCUAACCCGGCCCCUCCUAACUUGGUUCCUAGGGGUUGGGUGAUGUGGACUGUUCCUUAAUCCCUGCCCCGCCCUGGCCGGUCCAUCACCCUCCUCCAGCUUGGUCCAUCCUCCCUUCUACCACCAAAGCCUUCAAGACGCAGCUCAGACUAUGUGCUGUGUCCCCUCCCCCUCUGGGGCCGGAACCAUCUCGGGGCCUGUUCCAGAAGGUGGGAAGCCUCUGUUGGAGUCCACGUUCAAGCCCCUGAUAUGACCUGGAGCUGCAGAAACCUCUGCUCUUCACAAGCUUGUUCUUUGAGAAGAAGUGUUCAGCAUGAAGGCUUUCUGAAGCAGUGAUGUGAGGGUGGGAAUUGUGUGAGGACCUCCUGUUCAUCCUGGUGGAAAGGAAGGGCAGGAAUCAGCAUGGGCAGAAUCCUGAGGGAAGGAGGAGACCUCCGAGAGGAUGGGACCAGCCAGGUCCCUAAACUCUUUUGAUCAGCCCUCUACUCUCUACCAUUACCUCCAAGACCCUAUUCUAAGCGACCACCCCAUGACUUGUGGGGACAUGUGGACACUGCCAUGGCUUCCUCACUGACUUCUGUUCUCAUUCCUUCCACUUUAUUCUCUGCUUUCUAAAUUGGAAAACUGAUCCCAAUGUUAAGCUCCUUCUCCUUAUCUACAAGGCCCUGUAGAAGUCAGCUCUGCCCACAGCUUCGUCAACUCCUGAAACUCCCCUCUGUGAGAGCAUAGAGGAACCAUCUUCCCAAUCCUUGGAGUUAGGGCAAGUUUCAGAGAAGGGGCACUCACAUAGGGGAUAACAGGAGGUUAGGAUGCAAGACUAGCAGGUGAUGGUGGUGGAGGAUAGGUGGGCUUGGGUCAGAGAGGGCUUUACAAGGAGAAGUCCAAAGGAAUCGGCUAGGAGAAACAGUGGGAGCCCAGAGUUUAGCAGUCUACGCUGCAAGACUGGCAUCCCCCACUCCCCCCAACAGGACAGAGUCAGGCUUGAUGAGACCCUUGCUUAGGGUUCAGGGUUGACAGGUAUCUCCAGAGACUUCAUCCAGGUGUAUGGGAGCCAUACCUUUUUUGUUUGUUUGUUUAUUGUGUUUUAAGUGAAAGUUUACAGCUUAGGUUAGUUUCUCAUGCAAAAAUUUAUACACACAUUGUUAUCUGACCCUAGUUGCUAUCCUUAUAAUGUGAAAGCACACUCUUCCUUUCCACCCUGGCUUUCCCAUGUCCAUUUAACCAGCUCCUAUCCCUUUCUGCCUUGUCAUCUCACCUCCGGACAGGAGUUGCCCAUUUAGUCUCAUGUAUCUAUUUAAACUAAGAAGCACACUCUUCACAAGUAUCAUUUUAUGUCUUAUAAAAAAGCCUGGCUAAUCUUUUUCUGAAGGGUCGGUUUUGGGAAUGGUUUUAGUUUUGGGUUAAGAGGGCCCGGAGGUCAUGUCUUAUGGAGUUCUUCCAGUCUCAGAUCAUUAGGUCUGGUCUUUUUACUAGAAUUUGAGUUCUUCACCCACUUUUCUUCUGCCCCAUGAGGGACUCUCUGUUGUGUUCCCUGUCAGGGCAGUGAUUGGUGGUAGCUGGGCACCAUCUAGUUCUUCUGGUCUCAGGCUGAUGGAGUCUCUGGUUUGUGUGAAACCCAUACCUUUUCUAUGCUUCCCAAACACCCUCCCAUUCUGGCUAGUUCAGAUGCCUCAGUGAACUACCUCUCUCUAUUCUGACUCUAUCUGUGCUCCUGUGCUUCAGCUGCCUGGGCUUUUAUCCUCAUUUCCAUUUCCCAACCGCUCAUUACCCAUCUUCUCAUGUCACCCGAAGGAUAAAGCUCAGGAAAAACCUCUCCGAGAUACAGACCCUUUGAUCUGUCUCCCCCAGCUAUAUAAGAAUCAUCAGAAUUUUCUAGAAGGAAAGUUCAGCUUUCCAUACCUAUGGAUCUUUGUACAUCUAUUCUCUGUGCUCAGAAUAGCCUCCCCCAUUUCCACCUGGGAAACUGCUACACUUUGUCAGCAUCACCUCCAGGAAGUCUUCCUUAAUCCUGACCCCAAGCAAGAUCAGAAGCCUCUUACAGGUCCAUACCUGGGCUCUGUCCUGUCUCAGCAAUGAUAGUACUGCUGGGUCCUUGUCACUGUCUGGGUCCAGGUCAGAAUUCCCCACCGUGGGCUACCCAAGGACAGGACCCUGUCAGAGUUUUCAUUGCGUCUCCGGCACUCAGCCUCAAACUGGGUAAAAGGUGCACUUGUGAGCAUUCGUGGAAUCAAAGUUAAAAUCUCUUAAGUCCAGCACAGGAAGUAUUUCAGUCAGCAAGAGCUUGGACUGAUAAUGGCCCCACUGUGUGGCGGAUAUAUCAGUGUGAUGUGGCCCCCACGGCCUGGACGUACUGCUGGGAGGGAUGAUGCUGGUGCUCCAGACCCCGAGGGUCUUCCUAGGGCCACUCUUGGUAAGUGGCCAGGAACAGCCUGCUUCCAGGAGCAGGGGCCCUUCUGCUCUGGCCAGCUAGCUAUCAGGAGGAUUACCAUCCUCCUGCUGUGACCUAUUUUCCCCUGGUUUUUGCUCCCUAAAUCCCUGCUGUUCCCUGGAUUUGAAUGACUUGAGUGUGUUUAGGGCAGGGAGGGGUUGGGCACAGAAUCUGUUCUCUGGCUAAGGGCUUACCAGCUUUGUGUGUUUUAUCCCAUAGCUUGAAGAGAGGGAUGGGCUGAUAGCCAAGGUGACUGGGCCGUCGGCACAGCUGCUCAGGUCAGGGCAUCAUACUGAUGGUGCUCCUGACUUUUGCAGCUCUGCAGACAAGGGGAAGCCUAUUGUUCAGAGAAGAGCCUAGGGACUGGAUGUCCUGGAUUCCAGUCCUGUAUUCACUGUCAAUGUUCACCUCAAGGCCUGAGGCACUUUAUCAGAGCCCAGACCAGCACCCGAACAGAAUACAGGCUCACUGAAUAUUUGUUGAAUUAAUUUGAUGAAUGUCUAUAAAAUGAGGUGUUGUGUGGAUUUCUGAGCCCCAUCAACUCUGAAAUUCAAUAUUACUUUUAACCUUUACAACAGUGAGUUUUGAGAUAGUGCAUGCAAUCUGAGGUCAGGAUUUUCAUCCCCAUUAUAUAGAUAAGAAAAGUGAGUCUUAGGGAGGGAACAUUUCUUGACUAAGGUCACACAGUUCUGGAAGUGUUAGAGCUGGGAUUUGUCCGUGCCCUUAAUCGUCACACUACUUUUGGAAACAAUUCAAAAAAUUUUUGUUUUUUAAUGAAAUCCUACCACAUAAAAUAGAAAAAAUCGUGUUUUAUUGGUGUUAAUAUGUUUUUAAGUUUAAGGCAUAACAUUGGCUUAUACAAAAACAGUUCCAGGUGCACAGUAAAUGCUCAAUAAAGAUUUGUUGAAUAAAUGAACAGACUGAAGCAGGGACAAUGGAUGGAUGCUACAAUCUUCUAAUCACCUGCAGCAUCUAAUUUUUUUUCCUGUGCUAUUUGGUUUGAUUGUAGAGUAAAGCAAUUCUCCUAUAGAGAAGUCAUUGUGAAUGGUAACUUAUUUUUUUUUUAACCUGCCUGCUUUGCAGUCUCAGGAUACACUUAAAUUCAAUUAACAAAAAUAAAAUUUAAACAAAGAAACAAAGUUACACGGAAACCCGCCCGAGACUGAUCUCACCAGUCCUCAAGUUAGCUAUUUGCAACUCCAAUGUAAUGGAGGCCAAAAUAACACAUAUAAGUGCCUGAAUUAUUUUAAUUAUAGCUUUAAAAAAUAGAUUUUGUUAAUGGAAUUUGUGAAGUUGCACAGGUACUUCCAGAAACCCCUUGAAAUGCACUGCGUCCCCAACCCCCACUACAGAACCCCCUUUUCCCUACCAGAAAUUCUCUCCCCUCGGACCGCGGUCCCCCUGCUUUCGUAUCAGAGGUCCAACCUGCAGCCUAAGUUUCAGCUGCUUUGAGCGAUUUAUAGACCCAUCCGGGAGGAGCCAGUCGGUCCCCACCCCGAAGGCGUUGAUUGGCAGGCAACGCAGGGAGCGCCGCCACUCGCGUAGCCAAG